AUGUCGGCGUCCACAGGUGACUCAGGGCUCCGCGGAGGAUCCUCGAAGCCGCAGUGUUACGCUGGUAUUACCGCUGAUCUCGAUCUUGAACCCGUGCUCUUGUUGCGUCUCUCACUCCCAAGGCCCGAAUGGAUGGAUAUGGACAAGAAGACUGAGACCUCUUACCACGACUUGCGCCCUCUCGGGCCACUGGAGCAGUACUCGGUCACUCGCAGUCAGUUGGGGAUAUAUCUCAAUGUUUGUCUUACUGCCUUUAUCAGUCGCCAGACCGCAGGGCAUCUCAAACCGAGGUUAUGUCGCGCCCUGGCUGCUCUCAUACUGCGGCACCCCGUCCUGUCUGCAGUCCCAGUUGACCUCGACAGCCAACCCAGCCGCUUUGUUCGCCUGCCGACCAUUGACCUUGACACCGUCGUGACGGUACGGGACGUCGCCGAGGAUGAAGAGUUUUCUCUAGACACGGCGCUGGAGGCGCAACACAACGAGCCGUUCGUGCAUCGACCUGGGGAGCUCAUCCCCUUUUGGAGAGUGCUGGCCUUCGAGAAUGGAGCAGAUAUUGCUUUGACACUCUGUUUUCAUCAUUCCCUCUUUGAUGGGAAAAGUGCCGUGGUGUUCCUCGAAGAUCUGGGAGUGUUGCUGUCCGAUCCAUCUGAGCACACUUCCCUCGCGGAAGGAGUCAUACCUACUCCGAUAUAUGCGCCUCUGCCGCCAGCCCUCGAAUCCAUUCUCGAGCUGCCACUCUCUAAUGCUUUCGUUGCCAAACAAAAAGAAGAACCGGAAGUAGAAGCGCAUGUCUGGUCCGCUCGGGCCCAGUCGCUUCCAGUCAGGACGCGAUUCUCCUCGCUGCACCUCUCAUCGCGGGCCUCCAAAACCAUCGUGAACCAGUCCAAGCAGCACGGUGUUUCCGUCACCGCCACGCUUAUGUCCUGCCUAGCCUCAUCGAUCUUUGCCGCUAUCCCGGAGGAGUACUCCACGAUCCAAGGCGACUGCGCGGUCUCACUGCGACCGUUUCUAGGGCCGCACGUCACCGAGCGUGACAUGGGCUGCUGGGUAGCUGCAUUCAGCGAGACGUACCACCGCUACCCCUGCAGCGAAGACCUCCUCUGGGAGAACGCACAGCGUACAAAGGCAACGAUUGACAAGGUAAUGCGAAAUAAGGGCAAGGACACGGGCACUGGCUAUCUGCGUCAUGUCUCCGACAUGCGUGCCUGGUUCCUUCAGAAGAUAGGCAGGAAGAGAGCGGCGGCCUUUGAACUAAGCAACCUCGGGGUCCUCGCCCCUAGGACGGACGCCGAGUCAACCAAUGAUUAUGAGAUCCAGGGUGUACUGUUCAGCCAGAGCGCUAGUGCAUGCUCGGGAGCACUCAAGGUCAGCGCCGUGACUGGGAGGGAUGGCAGGAUUAGCAUUGGCUUCGGCUGGCAAGAAGGGAUCGUUGAGGAUGAGCUGGUGAGCUCUGUCAAAGAGAACUUGGAGGAAUUGAUAUUGUUUGAAGAGACUACCGGCGACUCGGAUAGGGCGAAAGUCAUUCCUGUUCCCUGA